CUUCACCAUGUCACAACACAGACACAUGACGCAGGAGAAAGAUAUGGCAACUACUGGAAGUGUGCUGACUGAAGAGCAGCUUCUUUGCCCCAUCUGUCUGGAUUUGUUAAAUCAACCUGUCUCCACUCCUUGUGGGCACAACUUCUGCAGAGACUGCAUUCAAGGAUACUGGCAGAGCGCUAAUCUGUCACAGUGCCCAGUGUGCAAACAGAAGUUCUGCAGAAUGCCUGAGCUCAAAGUCAACACCUUCAUAUCUGAGGUCGCUUCUCAGUUCAAGAAGUCAUUGGAGCAGAGGGAUGAAAAUGAAACUGGAGACGUUGACCCAUAUUCAAGUUAUAAAUGGGGGGUUUCAUGUGAUGUGUGUGUUAGGAGUCCAGUCAAGGCUCAUAAAUCCUGUCUGGACUGUUUGGCCUCCUUCUGUGAGACUCACCUGGAACCACAUCAAGUUCUAAGCACUUUCAAGACGCAUCGACUCAUCAACCCAACCCUGAAUAUGCAAGAUAGAGUGUGUAGGAAGCAUGAGAAACUCGUAAGCCUGUAUUGUCACAAUGACCAGACCUAUGUAUGUGACAUCUGCAUGACGAAAGACCAUCGUGCACACCUCGCUGUACCCAUAGAGGAUGAGAGCAGAGACAGAAGAGCUGAAGUUUGGGGGAUAAGUGAAGAAGUGGGGAAAAAGAUAGAGAGUCGGCUGCAGAAAAUUAGGGAUAUUAAUCAAGUUGUUGAGAACAGCCAAAGAAACACUGAAACAGAGCUCAAAGAGAGUCUGAGAGUCUUCAGCAAACUGCUCCACCUUGUCCAGAGAGGCCAAGCUGAGGUGGCUGAAGAAAUUGGUUUAAAGCAGAAGCAAGUUGAAAGCAAAGCUGGCCGAUUCAUUGCAGAGCUGACGCAGGAGAUCAACGAGCUGAGGCGGGGAAACACUGAGCUCGAGCAGCUCAAGCAGACCCAAGACGACCUCUACUUUCUCCAGAGCUUCCCAGCUUUUACCGCACUGCCAGCCUCUGAAGACUGGUCCAACACAUGUGUAGAGAGUGCUAUUUACGUGGGCAUGCUGAGGAGAGCAGUCAGGAGAGUGGCGUGUCAGCUGGAGGAGACAGUAAAAGCUGAGGUGAAGAGGCUAUGUGAGGCCGAGUUUCAGAGGGCUCAGCAGAGUGCUGUGGAUGUGACUCUUGAUCCUGAUACCGCUCAUCCAAAACUUGUGCUGACUGAAAACAGGAAGCAGGUUCAUCACGGUGAUGCAGCACUGAGUUCCCCAGACGACCCAAAGAGAUUUUACCCUGGUGUCAGCGUUUUAGGGAAGGAGGGUUUCUCCUUGGACAGGUUCUACUAUGAAGUCCAGGUGAAAGGGAAGACAGAGUGGGAUAUUGGAGUUGCUCUGGAGUCUGUUAACAGGAAAGGAGGAAACGUGCUGAACCCUGAAAGUGGCUACUGGGCGAUGGGGAUGAGGCAGGGCGAGAGCUACUGGGCACUCAAUAACACUCCUAUCCAUGUGCCCCUGGUUGAGAAGCCCCAAAGAGUUGGGGUGUAUGUGGAUCUGGAGGGAGGACAGGUUUCUUUUUACAAUGUGGACACUGCUUCCCAUAUUUACUCUUUCACUGGAUACUCAUUCAGUGACAGACUUAUCCCCUACUUUAAUCCUCGGCGUAAUCAUGGCGGAGUCAACUCUGCACCUUUGAUCAUCCUACCUGUUAAUGUCAAAUGUUAAACACCAUUUAAAACCACUGGAAGCUGAUAUCCAUAAAAGGUCUUGUUGACAAAAUUGUUAUAUUUAGCUCAUUACCUGGCUGCCAACCACACUUCUAAACAA